AUGAGUGAUACUAUUGAUAUUCACUCUUCUCCUGAGCUUGCAAAGGAUGAAGUUGUAACAAAAAAGAGCUGGAAGACCUACUUUGCUUUCGUCAAAGAUCGCAAUUUUUGGAAAGUUCUUCUUUUGGGCCAAUUACUUUCUCUUUGUAUUACUGGUACCAAUGUCGUAACCACCAUCCUAAGCACUCAGUAUAACUUUGCUGCACCUACUACCCAAACAUUCUUGGUCUAUGCUUGUUUAGCUAUUGUUUACAAUUCCUAUGCUUUGUAUAAAAGAGGUUUGAAGGGCUGGUUAUUGCAAUUUUGGAGACGAGGCAUUUAUUAUUUUGUCUUGGGCUUCAUCGAUGUUGAAGGCAACUAUUUUGUUGUGAAAUCUUACCAAUACACCUCUCUCUUGUCUGCCAUGUUGCUGGAUUGUUGGAGCACACCUGUCUGUAUGAUCUUGUCCUUCUUCUUCUUGAAGGUGAGAUAUCGUUGGGUCCAAUAUCUCGGUGUCUUUAUUGCUCUUUGUGGUCUAGGCAUGUUGGUUGCCAGUGAUGUGAUCACUGAUAAGAACUAUGGUGCUGCAGAUGCUGUUAAAGGCGAUCUCUUUUGUAUUCUGGGUGCCACCUUGUACGGUUUAUCCAAUGUAGGUGAAGAACUCAUGGCUCGCAAGCAUCCCUUGUACGAAGUCAUUGGCAUGUUCACCUUCUUUGCCACGUUUAUCAACCUUGUCCAAAUCUUUAUCUUUGAACGUGAGGAAUGGGCCAACUUUGCUGAUACCAAGGUUUCUGGUAUGGUCGUCACCUAUACCAUUUGUAUGUUUGUUCUCUACUCCCUUGCUCCCGUCAUGUUCCGUCUUGGUAGUGCUGUCCUUUACAAUCUCUCUAUCUUGACCAGUGAUUUCUAUGGUUUGAUCUUUGGUUUGGGCCUCUUUGGCUACUCUGUUACCGUUAUGUACCCCUUUGCCUAUGUUGUCAUUAUCAUUGGUAUUGGCAUCUAUCACAUCUUCCCAGCUCCUGUCCCUGGCAUUGGUACUUUCACAGAUGAGAUUGCCGAGAAAGAGUUGAAGGAAUUGCAUGGUAUCCAACAUGAAGAUGAUGUUGAACGUCAAGGCACUCAUGUCACUGAUGAAGUUAUUCCAAACUUGACCACCGAAGCUAAAAACUAG